AAUGUUUUUGAUCUACGCCAUAAUUCAACCAUGUCUGCAAACAUCAAGUCUUUCGCCAGCAACAGUGGCUCACAAACCAGUCAUUCAAGAAACACUGUUCUAAAUCAACACUUCCAAGCAGAGAUAAACGCUGCUAUAUAAACCACUUAUGCGCCGUCUGAUCGGAGUUCAGUUUGUCGCUUGAAUUAUCAAAACGAUGUCACGGUACGACCCGGUCGCAAGAGUAUGGCACGGCCCAGUGCAACCUCCGCUGUUCAAUCCGCAGAUCAGCAUUGGACAAAUUAUGUUCAACAUGUUGGAACGCACUCCCGAGAGGGUUACUCAGAUUGACGGAGACACGGGACGGGAAUUGACCUGCGAGGAAUUCCGGCUCCGUGCUAUUCGUAUCGUGCAGAACUUGCAGGUGCAUUAUGGCUUGAAAAAAGGAGAAAUGGUGGUGGUAGCCUGUCGCAAUAGUGAGAACGUGUUUCCGUUGGUUUUGGCUUUGGUGGCGAUCGGAGCACAAUUCGUGCUAAUGCCGAUUUAUUUCGUGCUGGACGAAGUGAAGCAUUCCGUGAAGAAGUACCAACCGAAGGUGGUGUUUUGUGAUGAGGCGAAUUACGGAGAUUUGGUGAAUGCUUGUAAGAAUGAUGUAACGGAAGAACCAAUGAUAUUUGUGCUGGAAAGCGAAAGGCCAGAUGUGCUAAAGUUCGAAACGCUUCUGGAGCAAACCGGGAAAGAGUACACAUUCAGAGCCCCCUAUUUGGGAGAUGCCAGAUCAACUGUAGCGGUUAUUUUAAGCACUUCCGGAACUACCAGUAUGCCGAAAGGAGUUCGACUAUCGCAUGCCCAAGUCGUCACGUGGAGCAAUGCCUAUUUACAGGUCAACAGAGGAAUUAUGUUUCACUUUUCACCAUUGUCCUGGGGAACGGGCUUCGGUAAUCUCUAUAGCUGUAUUGUUAAUGGCACGCCGAGACUUUUCACUAGAAGCGCCUUCAAUGAGGAUAAGUUCUUCGAUCUGCUGGCCAGGUACCCUAUAAGAACAGUUCUUCUGCAACCCAGUUACAGCAAAUCAGUUCUCUGUCAUCCACGAUGCGCCAACGCAGAUUUUUUCAGCAUUCAAGCGUGGGUUGUUUUUGGGAGUCUACCAUCAGACUCACUCAGAGAUAAGAUAGAAUCCAUCCUACCGAAUGGCAGAACCAUGAAUGUGUACGGCCUAUCGGAAUGCGGUAUGAUAUUGCAUGAUGCAACCGGGCGUAGACCUGGGGCAAGUGGUCAAAUAGCGCAGCAAGUUCAGGCGAGAAUAGUCGAUGGAACGGGUAAACCGCUGGACGUUGGAGAGCAUGGUGAGCUACAGGUGAAAAAGAGUGAGCCGUUCCUGGGAUACUUCGACGAACCGGAAGCAAUGAAGAACCUGAUCACGGACGACGGAUGGCUACGAACGGGAGACUGCGGCUAUUUCGAUGAGAUGCAUUAUUUCCACAUGAGCGAAAGAAAGAAGGAUUUGCUGAGUUACAGGAACCAGUUGGUGAUUCCGGGUAGUGUGGAAUGCGUAAUUGAGACGAUAGAAGGGGUCAAGUAUGCUUGUGUCGUGGGAGUACCAGAGGAAGACUGGGAGGCAUCAGAUCUGUUAACCGCGGUAGUUGUAAGGGAUAAAGGAUCCCGACUAACAGAGGAACAAAUAAUGACGACGAUCAAUGAACAACUUCCAGAUUACAAACAUCUGAGAGGGGGAGUCAUCUUUCGCGACGAAUUACCACUGGGAGGCACUGGAAAGGUUUUACGAGAUAAAGUAAAGAGUUUUGUCUAUCAAAUAAAAGGAAUAAAAAAUCUGUUUGAUCUAUAG